UCUGUUAAAUAGCAACGCUAUGGAUGUUCUUUUCCAACCGUAUCCUGCCAUAACAUUUCGCACUAUCGGCGGCAUCUUGGAUUUCUUUGUUUUCCUUGGACCAACACCAGAGGACGUUGUUCGUCAGUACAUGCAGGUUAUUGGAUUUCCCAUGUUUCCACCAUACUGGAGUUUGGGAUAUCAGCUUUCAAGGUGGGGUUACAACAAUCUUUCUGAAGUGACAGACGUAUCUCAACGAACCAUUGAUGCUGGCAUACCCUACGAUGUCCAGUUUUUUGACAUUGAUUACAUGGAAGAGAAAAAGGAUUUUACUUUAGACGAAAAUAACUUUGAGAAUUUACCUAAUUUCAUUAACGAUUUUCAAAAGAAUGGAAGAAAAGUAGUCAUUAUUUUGGAUCCAGCCAUUCCUAGUAAUCUUAGUUUGAAGGGAAAGUAUCCCCCUCUCGAUGAUGGAUUAUCAGAGGAUAUAUUUAUAAAACUGAAUGGUUCGAUACUGGAGGGAGAG